GCUCGGGGGUGGGCUGGGUAUAAACUGGAGGGGGGGGGCGGCGAGGAAGGAGGGACGGCUGGUAACUCGCUGCCUGUCUGGAAGGGGGCGAGCUGUCUCCAAGCAGGUGAUGGGCGUUUCGGCUGCGCGGCUCCGGGAUCGCCGCCCGCUGGGGUUUCACUUCGCUCCGCCGCUCGCCGCCAACAUGCAGGAGGGCCGGCGGGUCUAGCGGGGCCCCCUCCCGCCUCGCUCUCCGGAUCUCCCCCCAGCCCUGUGUUUUUGGAGGCGGGGGGGGAGGGAGAAGAGGGACCCCCCCUCCCACCCACCCACCCACCCACCCAGCCGCCUUUCCCCCCCACCCAGCUGGCCAAGAGGGGGCGAAGGUGCCGGCCGGAGGGACCCCCCCGCUGGCUGCUCCCCCGCCGGCGAGGGAUGGUGUAUGUUUGGCCGGCCCAAAGACCGGGGCUGGCGCUCCUUCGCAGCACCCUUGCGACGCUACACGGGCGGAGGGCGCGAUGAGGAUCGAGGCCGGCGUUUGGCUCCUCGGGCUGUGCUACCUGGUCGCCGCGUUUGCGGAGGAAGCUGAGAUUCCCCAAGAAGUAAUCGAAAGGCUGGCUCACAGCGAGAUCCACAGCAUCCGUGACCUGCAGCGCCUCCUGGAGAUUGACUCCGUAGGGUACGAUGAUGCCUCGGAAACCAACUUGAUACCACACAGCGUUCGCUCCACCAAGCACGCGCAAGAUAAUCGCCCCAGACCCAUCCGUAGGAAAAGAAGCAUUGAGGAAGCCAUUCCUGCCGUCUGCAAAACCCGAACCGUCAUCUACGAGAUACCUCGGAGUCAGAUUGACCCCACGUCGGCAAACUUUCUGAUAUGGCCACCGUGCGUGGAGGUGAAACGCUGCACGGGCUGUUGCAACACCAGCAGUGUGAAGUGCCAGCCGUCGCGGAUACACCACAGAAGUGUCAAGGUGGCAAAAGUGGAAUAUGUUAGAAAAAAGCCAAAAUUAAAAGAAGUCCUGGUGAAGCUAGAAGAGCAUAUGGAAUGCACCUGUGCAUCAUCGAGUUCUAAUUCAGAUUAUCGAGAAGAAGAAACGGAUGUAAGGUGAAAAUAAGCUAGAAAACACUUCUCUCUGGGACAUGGAUGUACACUGUUGGUUACAUUCCUGAACCUACUAUGUAUGGUGCUUUAUUGACUGUAUACUUCGUUUUUGUUCUCCUACGUGGAGGGGUGGGGCGGGGAUACCGGCUUUUAAACAAACAAAAACAAAAAAGGAUGCUUUGUGAGAACAAAAGAGACAAUGUACAUUUGUUUAAUACGACAUCGAAGCAAGCGUUGUAGCACUCUGCGAAACAAUACGAAGUUUCCCUGUCCGGAAAGAGAGAAAGAGAGAGAGGAAAGAUAACCCUGAACGGAGGAUGCCGCAAAGGACUUCGAAAACGUGGCGAAAAUCUAAAGCGGACGGAGGGUUUCCUCUUGGAAGAGUGGUUAAUGGUGCUUCGCUCCUCAACCCCCCGGUUUUUGUCAAGAAAUGUGCCUGCAUUCUUGAUGAAGAUGGAUGGAGGCUGAUAGAGUUCAAGCACAUACACAUACACACACACACACACACAUGAAAAAUAAAAGCAGGAAUGUAUCAAAUGCCACAGCAGAAACUAUAGAAGCAGUGCAGUUUUGCUUGGUGGUGUUUUAAAGUCUAUACAAAAAAAAAGAAAAGAAAAGAAAAAAUCUUCUGGGGCGCCUUAAGUGGAUUUUUUUUUACACCAUAAAAGUUAUUAUUAAGCUUUCUUUUUACUCUUUUGCCUAGCUUUUUAUUAUCUCUUUGGGACUACAUUUACCAAUAACCCAUAUAGAAGACCUGCUGUAGCGAAUGAGACGGGACACACACAGACAAGUAUGGGAUUUCUCCUAGCGGGCUGCAAACUAAUGAGAUGUAUUGAAAUAAAAACGGUAUACCUAUGCAUAAUUUUCUAAAUGUUUCUUGGUUUAUGUCCCUCUCUCUUUUCCUUCCCUCCCUCUCCCUCCAAUGUCCAUCUCGUCCCUCUCGUUCAAUUUAAAACAGUGAUUUUCAAAGCGUGCUCUGACGGCACUUUCGCACACGCGGAAUAAUGCACUUUCAAUCCACUUUUAAUGCACUUUGCAGCUGGAUUUUACCGUGCGAAACAGCAAAAUCCACUUGCAAACAAUUGUUAAAGUGCAUUGAAAGUGGACUGAAAGUGCAUUAUUCUGCACGUGCGAAAGUGCCCUGAGAUGCCCAGACUGCUUCCUAAGGGGGUCCUCAGACACAGAAGGACAGUCAUGGUGAAUAAACUUCUCCUGGUUGUCCGCUCUUAGGCCCCUUCCGCACACGCAGAAUAAUGCACUUUCAAUCCACUUCUCAAUGCACUUUGCAGCUGGGUUUUGCUGUGCAGAACAGCAAAAUCCAUUUGCAAACCGUUGUGGAAGUGGAUCGAAAGUGCAUUAUUCUGCACGUGCGGAAGGGGCCUUACUGAUCUCGCCUUAUAGGGGACGGAGAAGAGUUUGGGUGGUGGGAUGGGGAAUUAGGACACGUUCUAGUCAACACAGGGCACCAGAACCCCUAACAAGACGAAUUUGGGGCUUGUGAGAAUUUGCCUGCCUAGAAUGGAUGCCAAAAUCCUUUUCAAACAAACAACCAUUAUUGUGGCCGUGAUACUCAGCAGCCAGGUCAAGGCAGAAAAGUUUUCCUGGGGGGUGGGGGGUAAAAAGUUUGAAAAUCACUGUUUUAAAACCUUCUGAAGGACAGCUGAUGUGUGCUAGCAAGCUUAGGCUAUAAUGCAAGCAUUGCAAAAGAAUCUCGUUCCUGCCACCGGUUGCCCGGGUGCCAUUGUGUGGCAGCGAUUGCUAUUCCUCUCGGUAGAGAAGAUCCCUUUUUGCUAUGUCACAUGUUUAAGCGGUGUGAGAUGUACAAACUCUUCUUGUUAUUCGUAUUGUAUGAUGUCACUGUGGCGUGGGGAAAACCCUGCCGGAAAGCCUAAAAUUCUUUAUUUUUGGUAUUAAAAAAAGUUAUGCUUUAUGUGUA